UUCGUCAUUUUGCUAGCGGUCCUGUGUCCGUUUGACUGUCUAAUGGCCGAAAAGAAUGUCAAUCUUGGUUUUGCUUGUACUUCUUGUACUUCGUCACACUGCCAUCUGCUUCUCAUUUCAUGUCUGUUUUUUACAUCACUAUUUUAUAUGGAUUUUAAAAAAUGUGUAAUACAAGAAUUUGCUAAUUAGAAGUAAUUUUGUCUUAAAAGAAAUAAAUUAAACUGAAAUCUUUCUAUUAAGUAUAUAGUAAGUUUUCUAUAAUUAUUAGUUAUAAAUUUCUUAAACCAAAUUUGCUCAAGUGAGGUUAACAAUGACAAAAGGCAUCUAUUAUUUAAAAACUGAUUAUUUACUGUAAAUACAAUUAAAAUAAUAAAAUGUGUGACAGUGAAUUGCAAGACGAAGAAAGAGAAGCAUUAUUGUCGAUUUAUGAAGGAGAUAAAGCUUUCAAACAGUUAAAUUCUACAACAUAUCAAUAUAAGUAUGGAGAAGAUAACGAUUUUCGUUCGUUUUUAUUGGAGAUCAUUUGGCAUGAUAAAUACCCUACAAAAAAACCGACAGUUAGCAUGGACACUUUCUACAACAAACACAUACUUCAAAAAGUAAAAGAUAAAAUAAUAGCUCAUGUAGAAGCAGAAGCAAAACAGUGGCUUGGAUAUGGUAUGACUUACACUUUAUUUCAAUCAGUUCAAGAACAUUUAUCGGAACUAAUAGAAGAACAACCCGAUUCAAUUACUGACUUAAGUAUCCAAACAAAUAAAUUGACUAUUAGUACUGGUGAUUCGAAGGAUGAAGCAGCGAAAAAACCAAAAAAAGAGCAGCUUACAAAAUCACAGAAAAGACGUCGUUGGAACAAGGUCGAUAGUAAAGGUGAAAAACCUCGAGGGUGGGAUUGGGUGGAUAUUGUUAAACAUUUAUCGCAAACUGGUAUGAAAACUGAGCAAGAAACCUAAUGAUUUAUGUUUAAUUUUUUUUUUUCUUUUGUAUAAAAAACAAACUAUAUUACAUAUUUUUAUGAAACGUUGAGUAUUGACUAUAUACAAAAUUCGAUUUAU